AUGAAGUGGGAAAGAGAAAAAAAACUACUGGGGAACAAAGAAAAUAAACAAGAUAAACUAGGAGCAGAAUGGGUAACCGUGCCGCCCCCUUCCCCCACAACGCGUGAACCGUUCACCGGCACAGCCCUACGACAAGACUUGACACGUUGGUUCUUCCCCGGUGAACCAGUUCGUUCAGGGUUAACUUUAACCAUCUUCUCUUUCAGCUGUGGAACCGUCAAUUUAGUUCGCUUGACGACAUUAGUCUUUAAUUGUGGUGGACUGGUCGGUAAAUAUGUGAACAUCAUCAUCCCAGGGCACGAUAAAAUAUUGACCCUAUGCGAGGUUGAGAUCUUUGGUUCAAAACUUCCGUCUUUACUUGGAACAGAAAACGUGGCGUUGGGUGUACCGGCAGCUCAGUCUAGCACCUAUCGGUGGGCAGUUGCGGAGCGAGCCAAUGACGGGAACAGCGACAGCGACUUCAGGCAUGGUUCAUGCGCGCGCACCCUGAAAUCCACGAACCCUUGGUGGAGAGUCGAUCUAAAGAAAAGCUAUAACGUGUCAGUUGUAAGAAUCACCAACAGAGCACACUGCUGCUCGGCCUGGUUACAAGAAGCGGAGAUCCGCAUCGGGAACUCGCUGGAGAACGAUGGCAAUUUGAACAGACUCUGUGGAACCGUGGAUUCCGUUUCUGAGACGACAUUGACAUUUUAUUGUGCUGGAUUUAUUGGUCGAUUUGUGAACAUUAUCAUCCCAGGCCAGGAUAAAAUUUUGACUCUGUGCGAGGUUGAGAUCGUUGGUAGAGAACUUUCGUCCUCACUUGGAAAAGUAAACCUGGCGUCCGGAGCACCGGCGACCCAAUCCAGCACGCAUCGAAAGGCAGGUGCUGGGGGAGCCAACGACGGUGACAGCGACAGCGAUUUCAGGCAUGGUUCAUGCACGCGCACCCGUAACUCUAAGAACCCUUGGUGGAGAGUGGAUCUAAAGGAAAGCUACAACGUGUCAGAUGUAAGAAUCACCAACAGAGCAGACUGCUGCAUGGACCGGCUCCUAGGUGCCGAGAUCCACAUCGGGGACUCGCUAGAGAACGAUGGUAAUUCCAACAGACUAUGUGCGACCGUGGAUUCGGUUUCUGCGACGACAUUGACCUUCAAUUGUGAUGGAUUUAUCGGUCGAUAUGUGAACAUCAUCAUCCCGGGCCAGGAUAAAACUUUGACCCUGUGCGCUGUUGAGGUCUUUGGUUCAAAACUCCCGGACUUAUAUGGAAAAGGUAGGUUGAAGUUCCCGCUGAGGCUUUUGGUUGUACGCAGCCCCGCAACCUACUUGAACGAGGCUCCCGCUGAAGCACACGAGCACCUUUCUCAGCAAGCCACACAUUGA